GAAAUGAUCCAUCAUGUCUGCAGCCUGCAACAUCACAGAAAAUAUUUGAUCAGACCCAGUUUUUAGAAGAGACCCAGAUUUCUAAGUCUCAUGUCACCACCUUAAAUCAAGAGCAUCAUCACUGGCAGUUUUUAGAAAAUGAACUGAAGGAUGCUGUGCAAGAAAAGAAUCGCCUGAGCCUUCAGUAUGCAAGUGUGUCCCACAAAGCACUGCAAUAUGACCAGGUAAAAGCAGACUAUGACCAUCUUAGAGAAACCCUUCUCAGAGUGACCAAAGAGCGAGAUUUGGCUGUAAAGGGAAAACACCAGCUCCAAGCCAAGCUGGAGAACUUAGAGCAGGUCCUAAAGCAUAUGCGAGAGGCUGCUGAACGGCGGCAACAGCUGGAGUUGGAGCAUGAGCAAGCCUUGGCUGUUCUCAACGCCAAACAGCAGGAAAUUGAGCUCCUGCAGAAGGCUCAGGUUGAAGCUAAGAAGGAACAUGAAGGAGCAGUUCAGUUACUAGAGAACACCUUGGACAGCAUGCAGGCCAAGGUCCGAGAGCUAGAGGAGAAAUGCCGGACACAGAGCGAACAAUUUAACCUCUUGUCCAGAGAACUAGAGAAGUUUCGACAGCAAGCAGGGAAGAUUGAUCUCCUGAGCAGUAACUCAGUGGCAUCCUCAGAUAUCCCUGGUUCUCCUGGUAAAUCUCUAUCCCAGUUAAUGAAUGGAAUAGCCACUUCUAUAGGCAAAGGUCAUGAAAGUCCUUCUGGAAGUCGUUGUGUGAUUUCAGAGUUUAUACGACCCCUUCAAAUAUCUGGAGACAAACCAGAACAAUUGUCCGUCAAACCUACAUUCCUGUCCAAGUCAAGAUCUGGUACCCCAAGAUGCAGAUUUGAUUCAGACAUGGAUAAUGAUCAGAAUUCCAAUACCUCAAAGCAGAGAUAUUCUGGGAAAGUCCAUCUUUGCAUUGCUCGUUAUAGUUACAACCCUUUUGAUGGACCAAAUGAAAAUCCAGAAGCAGAGCUCCCUCUCACGGCAGGAAAGUACCUGUAUGUGUAUGGAGACAUGGAUGAAGAUGGCUUUUAUGAAGGGGAACUUCUAGAUGGACAAAGAGGACUAGUCCCUUCAAAUUUUGUGGAUUUUGUUCAAGACAAUGAGACCCGGUUAUCAAGCACAUUAAGCACUGAACAAGAUCAGAAUUUUAUCAAUCAUUCAGGUCCUACUUUGGAAGGAGAUCUCUUGGAGAUAAGUCCACCAAGUCAUAUAGACUCUAGCGUAAUCAGCAAUGGCGCAGGGACUCUGGAUGUGAACAUUGAUGAAAUUGGAGAAGACAUUGUGCCUUAUCCUAGAAAAAUCACCCUUAUAAAACAACUAGCCAAAAGUGUCAUUGUGGGCUGGGAGCCACCGGUAGUGCCACCCGGAUGGGGAACCAUUAGCAGCUACAAUGUUCUGGUUGACAAAGAAGUACGGAUGAACAUAGCCUUGGGAAGCAGAACGAAAGCUCUUAUAGAAAAGCUUAACAUUUCUGCUUGUACAUACCGAAUAUCGGUUCAGAGCAUUACAAACAAGGGUAACUCAGAUGAACUGCAGUGCACUUUGUUAGUUGGGAAGGAUGUCAUAGUAGCCCCCUCUAAUCUUAAAGUGGACAAUAUAACCCAGAUUUCUGCUGAGCUGUCCUGGCUGCCUACAAAUAGUAAUUACAGUCAUGUGAUCUUUCUUAAUGAAGAAGAAUUUGACAUUGUCAAGGCUGCUAGCUACAAGUACCAUUUUUUUAAUUUGAAGCCCAACAUGGCCUACAAGGUGAAGGUCAUGGCAAAACCCCAUCAGAUGCCCUGGCAGCUUCCCCUGGAACAACGAGAAAAAAAAGAAGCCUUUGUGGAAUUUUCUACGUUGCCAGCAGGUCCUCCAGCUCCACCCCAAGAUGUUACUGUACGGGCUGGGUCUACCCCAGCAACCAUACAGGUGUCCUGGAAGCCACCAACUCUGACAGCAACUGGGACCUCCCAUGGCGCCAAUGUCACAGGCUAUGGUGUUUAUGCAAAAGGUCAACGGGUGGCGGAGGUGAUCUUUCCAACAGCAGAGAACACAUUGGUGGAACUAAUGAGACUAAGGAGUUUGGAAGCAAAGGAAGUUACUGUUCGAACACUCUCUGCACAAGGGGAAUCAGUGGACUCUUCUGUUGCUGCCAUUCCAUCUGACCUACUGGUGCCUCCAACCCCUCACCCCAGAACUGCUCCCAAAUCUAAGCCAUUAGCAAGUGCCGGAGCCCCAGAAACCAAAGAAGAACAUUUAGGUCCACAUUUAAAAAUGGAUGAGUCGUGGGAGCAGACUCGUUCGGCAUCCCCUGUUCAUGGACACAUGCUUGAGCCACCUGCUCCUAACUUUCACAGCCCGCUUCAGGGGAGGAGGUCUCCAUCGCCUAACCGAAUACUCCCUCAACCUCAAGGCACACCUGUCCCAAAUACUGUCGCAAAAGCCAUGGCAAGAGAAGCUGCACAACGAGUUGCAGAAAGCAAUAGGAUGGAGAGGAGGAGUAUUUUUAGCGAAAGGAGUAACGCAGCCCAGUACGCUAACUCAGACGAUGAGGAAGACGGCUAUGAUUCUCCUAAUGUCAAAAGAAGGGGGGCUUCAGUUGAUGAUUUCCUGAAAGGGUCAGAACUUGGAAAGCAACCUCACUAUUGCCAUGGUGAAGAGUACCACACAGAGAGCAGCAGAGGUUCUGACUUGUCUGAUAUUAUGGAAGAAGAUGAGGAAGAGCUGUACUCCGAAAUGCAGCUGGAGGAUGGAGGAAGGCGACGAGUCAGUGUGACUUCACACAAUGCACUUAAGGAGUGCAAUAAGAAUAAGACCACUGAAGCCACUUUUUUGGAACAGCCUGACUUUUCACAGCAGAUACAUCACAGUAAAAAGCUUUUCAGUAUUCCAGAAGUAGCUGAAGAGGAUGGUGAAUACUCUGAACUGCUGUACAAGCAGGGUUUAGGUAUGCCCUAUAAAAAGAAUCCCACAAUAGCUAGAGACUCUAGACCACCUAGGCCCUACAAUCAAGACCAGCAGCACAACUUCUGGUACCCAGCCAAGCACAGAAUUUCAGGCAUGGAGGAUUUUGCUGCAGACGACAAAGGAUGUAAAUAUAGCCGAUCCCUAUCGAGAAGCCCAGACAGUGGACUAGACUGUGGAAGUGAAGAAGAAGAAUCUCGUUUUAAUUUCAGAUACACUUGUGAUUCAGUUUCUGCCAACGUUGCCUCUAGCUGUUGCGCAGAGACUGCUAACUGUUCCUGCAGGAAAAGCAUGAGGCCAUUGCUUGCUCGCAGGAAAACUUUAACCAGACAAACCAGCAUUGAAGAAGAUUUUGGUGACCUGGGUCCUUCCUAUGUAGAGCCCAGGAGUGAACAGGUCAAGCCCAGUUACGAGAAAAAGUAUGAGACUCAGAAAUGUAAUAGAACAGAUAAUUUGUCUAAUGAAGAUGUUCAGGGAGGCUGGAAGACCGACUUAAAAAUGGCUGACUCUAGGGCAGCUGGUCUACUUGCAAAGCCAUCCCACAGAGAUGCAGAAGACUCUCUGCUUUUAGGUAAUCCAUCAUCUGCAGGACGGCCUGAAAGGGUGGAGCAUGCAGGGCGAAGGUCCUCUCAUGGCAGUGCAGUGCCACAAAGGUCUCGACCAAUGUUGGUCCCUUCCAUUGAAAUUACAAUGGACAGUAACAGUGAAGGCGGUCGGUCUCGGUCAGGUAGUGAGGGAAAUAUUUCACCUGUAAAAGAAGAAGCUUAUUAUCGCAGCAUUGGUGGACACAAGAAAUGGCCCCAGCAGCGUACCAUGGCCUCUGAAUAUAGAUACGAUGGCUAUGGUGGUCAUGACCAUCUUUCUCCAGAUAUUUAUGAAGAAUCAGAAACAGAUCCUGGCACAGAAGAUAUUUCUACUCGAAUAUUUGUUGCACUCUUUGACUAUGAUCCGCUGACAAUGUCCCCAAAUCCUGAUGCUGCAGAGGAAGAGCUGCCCUUUAAAGAAGGACAGAUCAUUAAGGUUUAUGGGGACAAAGAUGCGGAUGGAUUCUAUCGUGGAGAAACCUGUACAAGAAUUGGCCUUAUCCCAUGUAAUAUGGUUUCUGAGAUCCAAGCAGAUGAUGAAGAGAUGAUGGAUCAGCUUCUAAAACAAGGCUUUCUUCCUUUGAACACACCAGUUGAGAAAAUUGUCAACUGUGACCGUUUCAAAGAGAGCACACGCUCUGUACACCGCAGAUCCAGAAAGUCUAAAAGAGAAAGAAACAGGCGGAGUGGCAGACAGCAUUCUGUGUCUACGAGAAGGAUGGUGGCGCUGUACGAUUACGAUCCAAGAGAAAGUUCUCCUAACGUUGAUGUGGAGGCUGAGCUGACGUUCUGCACAGGGGAUAUCAUCACUGUCUUUGGCGAGAUCGAUGAAGAUGGGUUUUACUAUGGUGAACUUAACGGACAGAAGGGGCUGGUUCCUUCCAACUUUCUUGAAGAAGUGCCUGACGAUGUUGAAGUCUAUCUGUCUGAUGCACCCUCGCGAUACGUUCACGAUACACCGAUGCGUACAAAAGCAAAAAGGGUUCCUCCUGAGAAUACAGGUACAUCACGGAGAGCACCAUCCCCCACAGUUCAUCUCCAUUCUGGGUCACCUCCGUCACCUAUGGGGUCUGGUAGUCCCGGGAGAGGCAGGGAUAUGUCCUCGAAAAAGAAAAAGGGGCUGCUUUCCAAAGGCAAGAAACUGCUGAAAAAGCUUGGUGCAGUGAAAUGAUUCAUGUACUCCUGGACAACUUGUAAAGCUUCCAGUCUGUGUAUUUUAUUUUUUUUUUUUAAACGUCAAAACUAGGGCUUUCAUGACUAUGCAGUGCAACUUUACCAAACCUUUACAUUUUUAACUCUGACAUCAAUAGAAUCAUGUGAAUUGCUUUAAUCAAAACAGCAAGAAAAAAAAAAAAGAAGUGGAUGUGUUAUUGCAUUUUUUUCUUAAAAAAAAAAGUAAUUGUGGGAUUAAGACCAGAAGAACAUGGUUUUAUUUGAAGUCAACUCAACACCUGCAACUCCACUGGAUAAAUCUCAGCCUUUAAUCUCCUCUAACCAUGAGUGGGGGGAAGAAAACUCUAUUCCUUGAUUCCUGGUUCAGAGAGAUCACCCCACUGUAUCUAACCUUUAUCAUACACAAAAAUGGUCUUGAAACUCCUAGUUUAUCAGCCUUGAUGUUUUGCCUUAUUAAUGCACAAUGAUUUGUACUGUCUAAUAAAUAUACAGCGUAUACUUUGUAUGUACUGUGUAUUCAACUGUCUUCAUCUUCCCUAAAACAUGGUAAUUUAAGAUCAAGUACUAUGUUACUGACUCCAUUCAAUGUCUGAUGUAACUCCUGGGAGUUUGAAAGUGCUGUGCAAAAUGCUUUCUUUUUGGUUUUUGCUUCUUUUGUUGUUUGGUUGUUUUUUUUCCAACCCAAACCCCUUGUAUCGAUUUCUUUUGUCAACAUUUUCACUAAACUGAAAUCAGAUACAGUGCAAGUUAUUCAGAGACUCACCCAGUUUCAACACUACAACCUCCAGUUUUGGAAUUCCUGGUUCACUGUUUGAAAUUACCAAGGGAAAAAAAAAAAAAAAAACAAAAACAAACCACAAAACCCAAACAAAC